AUGCGUGGUCCUCGCCCCAAUGGGAGAAUCGGGGGUCACCGGGAUGACCCCGAGCAGUCUUCAGAUGGAACAGAGCAGAAAAGGGGCACCAGAUCUCGCAGGUGUUACGGUACUGGGAGGGAGGGUUGGGGUCCAAGAGCAGCCAGGCCCCUGGGAGAGGGUGGAGAAAGGAACAAGGCUCCGGGAAGUCGACUGGGCCUCCCGUCCUGGAGACUGAGGGGAGGACCUCACCUUGUUACGGUCCUCCUCCUGCUGCUGCAGCAACUCGGGAACCGCGGCCAUGGCGACGCGGGCCUAGAGCAGGGGCCGCCUGGCUGUGCGAGGAAAGAAGAGGCUGGGCCACCACCGCCGGGGCGCCUCUCAGGGGCGACCGCGGCCCCGCCUCCGCUGGCCUCCCUGCCCGACGGCGGCAGGAGGCCUUGGGACUCCGCCACCAUCCCAGCAGCCCCGGGAGCAGGCAAACGGCACGCCACGUGCUCCCCUAGAGCGGCCUCCCCGUCCCGGCUGCCGUCCAUCUUGGAGCCGGGCAAAGAAGUAAUGCGGGGCCUACCCUCGCUCCGCACCACGCGGAGACCGCUGACCCGAGGACUGCGAUGCGGAGCGGAGCCACUGACCCUCUUCCUGCGAGGCACGCUUCGACAGAGAGAUCACGAACCUGUACCAAGCAAUUUAUUGCUCAGCCCGAGUCCAAGAUGGCGACGAGAAGUGACGUAUGCAAGAUCUCGUGAGAGAGAAAACAUCUUUUUACAAGGGAAACAGUUCCAUGAAGCCUUGGAAAGCAUACUUUCACCCCAGGGGAACAUAAAAGAGAGAGAUGAAGAACUCAUCAAAUGUGGCUACAUCGAAAGCAUCCAACAUAUUCUGAAAGAUGUCAGUGGAGUGCGGGCUCUUGAAAGCGCUGUUCAGCAUGAGACCUUAAAGUAUGUAGGUCUACUGGACUGUGUGGCUGAGUAUCAGGGCAAGUUGUGUGUGAUUGAUUGGAAGACAUCAGAGAAACCAAAGCCUUUUAUCCAAAAUACAUAUGACAACCCUCUACAAGUUGUGGCAUAUGUGGGUGCCAUAAACCAUGAUGCCAACUACAGUUUUCAGGUUCAGCGUGGCCUGAUUGUGGUAGCUUACAAAGAUGGAUCCCCUGCCCACCCACAUUUCAUGGAUGCAGAGCUCUGUUCCCAGUAUUGGACCAAGUGGCUUCUUCGGCUAGAAGAAUAUGCAGAAAAGAAAAAGAACCACCGUAUUCAAAAAACAGAUUAGAGUUGGUUACAGUGGUGUAGACCUGUAAUCCCGUCUGUUUGGGAGGCAGAGGCAGGAGAAUCACAAAUUCAAGGAUAGCUUGGGUAACAGUAAAAUCUUGUUUCCAAAUAAAAAAUAAGGGCUGGGGGUGUAACUCAGUGGUAGAGCACCACUGGGUUCAAUCCCCAGUACUGGAAAAGAAAGAAAACAGGAUAGUAUACCUUUUAGGAAUAUUAAGUACUUUCUCAUUGUUUAGACAGAUUCAUUGCUAUUCACUCUUCUAAAAGAGGAGAUAUGUCUGAAUCUUAAAACCUAUAUGAACACAAGAAGAAAUAUUAAUUGAAAAUAUGUUGUUGGCCUGAACACAAGAAGAAAUAUUAAUUUGUUGAAAAUGUGUUGUUGGGCUGGAGCUCUAUCUUAGUUGGUAGGGUGAUUGCCUAGCACAUGUGAGGCACUGAGUUCAAUCCUCAGCACCACAUAAAAAUAAAAUAAAGGUAUUGUGUCCAUCUACUAUAAAAAAAUAUUUUAAAAAGAAAGAAAACGUGUUGUUACUAAAAAGCCAGAAAAAUUUAAGAUUUAAAGAGCUAGAUAAUGGCAUGUGAACUAUGCUGCCUCUUAUUAUUUACCUGAAAAGAGGGCAAUUAGGAUUGGUAACCACAUUUGUAGAACUUCUGUGUUUCUGGUACAAUGCCCAGUCUUUGAAUUGAGAUUGGAAGGCAUUGAGGCUUGAUGUGCUAAGCAUUUCCCCAAGGUUCACAGGGAGAGAAGGGGCAUAUCCCCAGGGGUGUAAAGGUUGAGAGAGACCUUUAUACUUGUUCUGUACAAUUCUGUAUUUGUGUGUGUUCUCCCCCCAUCCCCAUACUGCAUAUAUUCCUGUAACCUGUAAUUUCCCCAGCAUGUAUGUAGAAUGAGGAUAUAUAUUAGCCAGUCACCACUGCCAAUGCAAUUUCCUAAAACUUGCUUUUACAUAUUGGGGUUCUCUAUAUAUUUCAUUUAAGGGGAAAAACUUAUAUUGAACACUAACUGCAUACACAUGUGAUUAUUUAACCUGGAGUAAGCAUUGCUAUCUGUAAAGAUGGAGCACACUUACCAAUUCAUUGACAGUAUGGCAUACCACAUAACCCCUAGAAGUAGCCAGACAUGUGGAAAUUGUCACUGUAUGUGUUUAGUAACUGCUUCUAGUGUCAGUCAGCUGAUGCUGUGCAUAAAAUUUUUAUUUAGAACUUUGUAGCUAUGGGAACACUAACAAAAUCCAUUAAGUUUUUUCUAUGUUUGAUAAGUAAUAAGUUGUUCUUGGGUUUGAGAAAGUUAAAUAAAUACCUGUUAUUGCCCUGGGAGAAGUUCUUCUGUUUUAUGAAGUAAGUCUGGUAGCAUUUAAGUUACAGUUGAUGACUUAAAAUAAUAGGCUCUAUAAAUUUUAUUUACUUUCUCUGGUGCUGGGGAUCAAACCCAGGUCCUUGUACAUGCUAGGCAUGUGCUAUACUACUGAGCUACAUGCCCAGGACUUUGUGGAUUUUGUUUGGGUUUAACCCAAAGGUUCUUUACCACUGAGCCACAACCCCAGCCCUUUUUAAUCUUUUUUUUUUUUUUUCUUUCUUUCUUUCUUUUUUUUUUUUUUUUUUUGUGUGUGUGUGUGUGCUGGAGAUUGAACUCAGGGACACUCAACCACCGAGCCAUAUCCCCAGCCUUAUUUUGUAUUUUAUUUAGAGACAGGUUCUCACUGAGUUGCUUAGCACCUUGUUAUUGCUGAGGCUGGCUUUGAACUGAUGAUCUCCUGUCUCAGCCUCCUGAACUAGUGAGAUUAUAGGCGUGUGCCACCGUACCCAGCCCUUUUAAUUUAUUUUUAUUUUUUUAAACUAUUUCUCUUCUGUUUAAUUUCUCUUUUUUUAAAUAUCUUUAUUAUUUUUAUGUGGUGCUGAGGAUCGAACCCAGUGCCUCAGACGUGCAAAGCAAGCGCUCCACCGCUGAGCCACAAUCCCAGUGUCCCCUUUUUAUUUUUUGAAACAGGUUCUCAUUAAGUUGCUAAGGCUGGCCUUGAAUUUGUGAACCUCUUGCUCAGCCUCCUGAGUUGCUAGUGUUACAGGUAUGUGCCACUGCACCCAGUUUGGACUUUGUUUUUAAAUUCAGUUUUGUUACCAACCCAGUAGCUUACUUGGUUCUACAUAAACGCACAGAAUAUGGUGUUCUCAGCAAGCUCUCAACCAUAGUCACCUGUUAGAGAAUACAGUACAGGUAGGAAAGAGGAGGGUUGUGGGAGACCUUUAUACUUGCUCUGUACACUUCGGUAUUAAUGUGGAGUAUGGAGGAUGGAUUCCCAUACUGCAUAUAUUCCUGUAGCAAAUAAUUUUCAAAGUUAAAAAUCAAGUGAAACUGUUAAAAGUUGAACUAACCAUCUGGGUGUGGUGGAACACACAUGUAAUCCCAGUGACUUAGAAGGCUGAGGCAGGAGAAUUGCAAGCUCAAGGCCAAUCUCAGUAACUUAGCAAGACCCUGUCUGAAAAUAAAAAAGGACUAUGACUAUAUCAGUGAUAAAGUGCCCCUAGGGUCCAAUCUUCAGUACCAUCAAAAAAAAACAAAAAAGUUAUUGCCCUAGACAUGGUGCAGGAGACUGAAGCAAGAGGGUUACCUGAGCCUAGGAGUUCAGGAUCAUCCUGGACAACAUAAUGAGACCCUAUUUCUUUAUUUAAAAUUUUUUUAAAAAGUUAUCACUACUAAGACAGGAGAAAGCCAAAUCUGAAUUUCUGAAUUGAGUCACAAUUUUUCAAGAAUUAAUAUGUAACUUAUUGAUUUUUGGAUACUACCUUUUCUCCUAAGUGAUGCACAGCAUAUUAAAAUUCUGUGAAAUGAAACUGAGGUUGCACAAUAAGGAGAGAUUUUCUAAUUAAGCAUUAUUAAAACAUUUUUUAAAAGAGAUAAAUAUUGCUCUUUAGGAGGCUUCCUCACAGAAGUUCAGGACAUAACCUUGUAGUUUUUACUUUUACAAAAAAUGUAUUAGAUUCAAAACUAACUAUAUUCCCUUUUCUGAUGUAAUUUUGCUCUUUCUUAAUAUAUUCAGCAGCUGACAAAAGCUUCAAAGUGGUACUUAAAAACAAUUUCAAUUUAAAAAUAUAAGAAUGGCUUUUUCCCCCCUUGAAACAUGGUCUGUUCCUCAGAGCCAUUAGACCAUGACAAUCUGAGAACAUUAACCCCUAUAAUUCUAUUACAAUUCCAGGAAAACUUGUCAACAUAUGACCUCUGGUUUUUCAUAUGUGUUGACCCUGGUAAAUACAGGAAGAGGGUUUGUCACAAGUCAGUGUUUCUAGGUAACCAAUUUGCCUGCUGACUUUAAAAGGAGCUGGAGACGGGUAAUUUGUUUAAAUCACUGCAGCUUUCCACCUGAACAAUUAGACAUUUGAUUAUAACCUGCCCUAUACCCUCCCUCCCUACCCCCACAGAAACGUGAAACAAGGGAAUAGUGGGAACUUAUAUAAAGAAGCACUUCAGGUGUUUUGAGCUGAUACCUGAAGAAAAACAUUAUUUAAACAUUUGCUAAAUAAAAGGCAGAACUGACUCUUCCUUCUAGUCCCACAGGCCUAAAAGUUAAGCACAAAUUUGCUGCUCCUGGAUGUCUAACCAGCUGAUCCUCUUAAAUAGAAGGGAGCUUGAGAGAAUCUCUUUGGGGAGAUGCUCAUUAUUGAACAAAAAGCUUGUAUGUCACCUUGACACUAACAGUUUUCAGGUUUGAGUAAUGCAGUUGUGAAAAAACUAAUCAAAAUGAUGUUCUGGGUUAGGGUUUUAGUCUUUCUUUUUUGAUUAAAAGAAAGAGAAAGAAAGUAAAUAGAACAUUACAGAUAAAGCCCUUGUGUUUGUUUCCCUAAUCCCAUUUCCCUCUCCCUUGGGACAAACAUCAUAAAUUUGGUAUGUAUCUUUCCAGUGUAUCCUUUUUAUAGUUUUAUUAUAUGUAUGGUCUCCAUGAGUAAUAUAGUCCUACUUUCUA